CGAGAGCAUAUUAUGAAAAAAAUGCAACAUGGCCGCCAAACUAAAGUCAAUGGAGAUGGAAAUCUCUAAUGGUUUCCUCGUCCAUUUUAUUAUGUCAUCUUUGCCUCCCCAAUUUGAUCCAUUUAUGAUCAACUAUAAUGCGAUGGAUGUUAAAUGGGAGAUUGAUGAAAUGAUGGCGCGAUGUGUGCAAGAAGAAGAAAGGCUUAAGGCUGACAGAAUUGAUCAUGUUAAUCAGUUUGGUCAUUCACAAAAGAAGAAGUAUAGAAAAUUUGUGAAUGAAUUUGUGAAGCCCAAGCCUUAUAAGUUCAAGGAAAAAGGCCAAUCCUCAAAAGGUUCACAGCAAAAGAAGCCAGAAAAAGCGCCUAAUGCUGAAGGAAAUAAUUCCAAUGCUUGCCACUUUUGUGGAAAAGGUGGGCAUAGGCGAAAGGAUUGUUUUGGCUUCAAGAGAUGGCUCAAAGAAAGAGGGAUUCAAUAUGAGGAAGACCCUAAAAAGAGGGGAAAGAACAAUUAGAGUUGCUAAUGGUGUUGAAGCUUAUGCCGAGGCGAUUGGAGACUUCACUCUUACACUUCAUGGCGGUUUUAAGCUUCAGCUAAAUAAUGUUCUUUAUGUACCCUCGAUGAAACGGAAUUUAGUUUCCGUCUCAUGUUUAGAUGAUGAUAGUUAUGAGUGUCACUUUGGGAAUAAGCAAUGUAUAAUUAUGUAUGACAAUAAUAAUGUUGGUCUUGCCUGUCGACAAGACAAACUUUAUGUAAUUUCCCUUUGUGAUGAUAUAAAUAAUGUAGAUUCUACCUCAAAUAUAAAUGUCGGUA